AUGCCAGAACUAGAUAAACUAUCUUCACGGUUUAGGCCGCUUUACCACUAUGGGCCAGUCACAGCAUUAAAGAUUUACAAGCACUAUAUCAUUGCAGGUUAUGGUCCAAUUUUAAAGAUUUUCCACAUCAAUGAUCAAGUAGAUCUAAUUUUCGACAAACAAGUGUUCCAGAGAAACAAGAUCCACCAUAUUGAUAUCAACCCCGAAAAUGACACGUUUGUGGUUAGUGGUGGACGGUCCUUUCUUGUUCUGAGAUUGGGAGAGUUGAUAGACGCCAGAACAGUAUCUGCCAUGGAACACACAAUCAACGAGUGGAUUGUUACUUCGUACGUUUUGGACGACAACCAUAUACUAUUGCUAAAUUCCCACAACACAAUUAUAAAAAUCGACAAACACAACUUUUCUGUCGUGGAUAAAAUUGAUUGCAAGGAAAAAUCGAUAUUGUAUAGUGGAUCAAUUACAAAACUACCAAGUGGUGAUAUCUAUGUCGCUGCCGGGACAGUAAUGAACGGAACUAUUAUCUGGGACUUGCACAGCCAAAAAAUAAAACACAACUUAACUGACCACGAAGGGUCUAUUUUCGGGAUCAAAAUUGACCCAUCAGGGCAAUAUAUCGUGUCGUGCUCCGACGACAGGUCAAUCAAGUUGUACAGCUUUAAUGAAGGGAAAUUGCUAGCAACCGGCUGGGGACACGGGUCAAGAAUUUGGUGCUUGGAGUUUUUCAGUGGGGAGCCCCUAAAGAUUAUGUCCUGUGGUGAGGACUGUACCAUGCGUAUGUGGGAGUAUAGGCCUGGCAAUGAUCUACUCCAACAGAUAGAAUUGUGGGAAAAUUUCCAUCGGGGGAAACACAUUUGGAGUGGUGAUGUCGAUAAUGUCGAAUUGAAUAUUGCUGUAACCGGUGGGGCAGACGGCAAAGUCAGAGUCCAUGACUUAACCCAGCAAGACCGCCAAAAGUUCUCCCUCGCCGAAAUAUCAUUCAACAUCAGUCUCAACAAGUCGGAUUUUAUUAGAGACUAUUUUGAAUUGCCAGAAUUUCUUGUCUUGUUAAUGUCAAAUGGUUAUUUGUUUAUACGUAAGGACAACACAUUUACCAGUUUGGGCCACUUUGCAGAGUUUGAUGGGUUUGGAAUUGUCAGUGGAUUUGCAGAUCUUGGCGUGGUGCUAGUCUGUGCUAGAGAUGGAAGAAUCUUGUCUAUUGAUGGGAGUGCUACUCCAACAUGGAUCACCAACCCAUGCAACAACAAAAUAGUUAACAUGUUGCUAGACACAAACUGUGGCAGACACUUUGUAUUGCUUGAAAGCCCAAACCCAAAUGUUCCAUUUACACUCCACGAAUUGACGUAUACCACCAGCUUGCAAAUCUCCAAAACAUGGGACAUUCCCAAACCGGAACUGAGAUUUAGUGUAACUGCAAUGACAAUAGAUACAGUCCACCAAAAACUCAUAUUGGCAUCGAAAAAAGUUACUAUUGGUGUAUUCGAUUUAAAGACACUUGCGGCAACUGUGUUUAGAAAAGUAUCACCAGGUGAUUCGGUUUCGUCGUUGUCGAUUAUUAACACAACACCAAAAAGUCUCCAAGUAUUGGUAGUUGCUAGAGAUGGGUUCUAUACCAUUGCCGACAUAUCAGGCACCUCUGCAUUAAACAUCUUACAACAGAACAAAAUCACCAGAGGGGUAAUUGAAGGUGGGUUUAUGAACAACAACGACUUGAUAUUGUACGGGUUUAAGUCGUCGUACUUUUUUGUGUGGAAUGAAACUAAACAGAUGGAAAUCAUGAAUGAACAGUGUGGGGGCAGCGGACACAGACAUUACAAAUUCUAUCACGACGCCGCCGAAUACUUUAAAUUUAUUUACACUUUGAAAAACGAGUUAUGUAUACGUACCCACCACGUACGAUUCAGCAACACGUUUGGGUUGAUUCAGAAUGGUACUCACGGCCGUGAGAUACGUGAUGUGGCAAUUUCUAGCGACCAUAAACUAGUGGCAACAUCGUCUGAGGAUUCGUCCAUUUGUCUCAGUAAAUUGUCUGACGAUGGCAAACUCGUCAAUGUUUGGAACAUGACCAACCACGUCUCGGGAAUGCAAAAAAUCAAAUUCCUCAGCAAAGACUUUAUUGCCAGUUCUGCCGCUAACGAAGAGUUUAUUGUAUGGAAAUUGAGCUGGUCGCAAGACCUCCCGAUGCUAAUGGAGUAUAACCGAUUAAACCCUACCAAAGAGAUACCAGAUUUGCGUGUGAUGGAUUUCAGCUCCAUAAAGAGUGAUACGGGGUUCACCAUUGCCACAGUUUAUUCCGACUCCAACAUUAAGAUAUGGCAGUUUGAUCUUGAUUCUGGGUUCCACUUGCUCAAGUCUUGGUUUUACUCUACAUGCUGUAUAUUGAAUUGUCAAUUCCUAAACAACCACUACUUACUUAUUAGUACCACCGAUGGGUGCGUCACAAUCUACGACAUAGCCACCGCAAAACCCGUUGCAAAAGAAAAACUCCAUCAAAGCGGUGUCAAAGCGAUAUCUAUCCACCAAGACUAUUUGAUUACCGGUGGAGACGAUAACGCGAUCACUGUCUCCCAAUUCGACAACACAUCUAUCAAACUCAUCGAUCGGGUCGAAAACGCUGCUUCUGCAACUAUCACUUCGAUUGGGUAUGUCGAUGACAAAUCGUUUAUCACCACUUCAGUUGACCAGAUCAUCAGAUUGUGGUCGUUCUCGCUGGGCAAAUUAGUUUGCCACGAAGCAAGGUAUACUACAAUUGCCGACACUGGGUGCUGCGACACAACUACAGUAAAUAGCAAAACACUAGCAGUGGUUGGAGGCGCUGGUAUCAGUACAUGGGAAAUCUUGUAUUAA